CUUAUAACCUCCCGCUUUGUUUGUGGUGACCUCUUACACUCUUUCACACCUGCUCAUCCAAAAGGAGGCCAGUAUAUAUAGUGAGCGUCAUACGAAGAGAAAGUGACAGAGACACAGACAGAGGAGGAGAGCGAAGACAUUCUCACAAGUAUUAAGGUGCAAGGAGCUGAAGGUGAUAUUGUGCGUGACGUGUGGGAUUUCCCCUGCAGCCAGAACACAAUGUGGCUGCUUCUCCUUCUGUAUCAACUUGGCCUGAUUCUCCACAGUCGUGCUCAGAAUCCUUGCAGCACACACCCUACAUUCAGAGAGCCAGCCAACUCUGAUAUCACGGUCACUUGCGCCGCACACAGGGUGGAGCUGCGCAUUCUGCUGUGCCCCAUCUACUUUGGGGGGUACAACGAAUCUCUGAUGGCUCUGAAUGACGUCUUCUACAGACCAGAAUGCAUGGGGACCGCCGUGUGGACAGCAAACCCACCCAUCCUCGUAUUCCACUUCCCCCUCACCGAAGAGGCCAUCACCGCCUGUGCUACCAAAAUAAAGAUCACCCAGGAGACUGGCACGGGGCUUUUCUCUGACUAUUCCAGCAUUCAGUUUGUAAACAUCUCAGGGAUGGUCAACUCCAUAGACCCCUUUGCUGGAAUCAUCACGUAUCACUCAGAGAUGCUUUACUUGUUCUCCUGCCGCUACCCACUGCAGUACCUGAUCAACAACACGGAGACUAGCGUAUCAGGAGUGAGUCUGGCCAUCAAGGACAACAAUGGCAGUUUCAUUAGUACUCUGAGCUUGCGGCUCUUUCAGGAUAACAAAUACACAUCUCAGCUCCAGAUGCCCUCAAAUGGACUGCAACUGAAAACCAGGAUUUUUGUGGAAGUUCGGGCCACCAACCUCACAACAAGGUUCAACGUGCUGCUGGAUCGAUGCUACGCUACCACCAGCCCUUUCCUCAUAAACAGCACAUACUAUGAUCUCUUUGUGGGAUGUAACCGUGAUGGUCAGACAGUGAUUGGGCUCAAUGGCGAAGGUCAAGAGGCUCGCUUCUCUUUUGAAGCUUUUCGUUUUGUAGAGCACAAGAACCAGACCAUCUCCACCUUCUAUCUGCACUGUGCCACCAGACUCUGCGACAGAGCCAUCUGCAGUACUCUCCGCCAGAAUUGUACUAAGGCUGCGAGGAGAAGAAGGGAGGUGGAGUCAAAUCAAGGUACCACAGUGAGUGAUGUGGCCACGGUCAGCUCUGGACCCAUCAUCACCAGAGUGGACAACGGUGCAGAGGCACGGCCCGUUUCAGGAGUGAGUGACCAGUCCCAAAGGAACAACACUGUGUUUGGUGUGUCAAUAGCUGUUGGAAUGUUAGGGACACUCUGCCUCACCCUGCUGGCUGUUAUCGUCUUUCGGAAGAACAAGAGCAAUUCUUCUAAUGCUGAAAAGAGCGGCUUCUUCCAUUGAUCUGGGCUCAGCUUUGACCUUUCUCUUAAGAAUGAAAAUGAUUAAAUGGACAUAAUAAGGACUCUACCGCAUUUACUCGUUUUGUUAAACUGCUUUGGUGAGGGUGGAGAAAACGCAACUGAUAUAUUAAUGUUGCUACACGUGGACAUUGCUCAUAUGUGAGCCGACAUGAUGAGGGACGAUUUUCUAUCACUUACAUCCUAAGAUCCUGAACAAGUUUAUAUCUAAUUCCAAUCCAAAUUGAAAAGAAUUUAAGUAACUCCAUUGCUUUCCCCCUAAUAUCUGCCACAUGUGUAGAAUAUAAUUGAUUAGCAUUGACAAUAAUACAACUCAAAACAACAAGCAUCUGCCAAUUGGCUUCUAUGAAUUGUGUUUUGAAUGAACACGUUUUCUUUUCCUUUACUAAGUAAUGGGAAAUGUUUCAAAAUGAUUGUCCAUGGAAUUUGACUAUAUGCUAAAGAUACAGCAGACACAAAUUAAUUUGAAAAACAAUGAACUAUUCCUUUGAAGCCAUCCGGUCAGUUUUCCUUGGGAAUAACAGUAUUUGGCGUAUUAGUUCUGAAUUAUAGUGGCUAAAUAUUCAAUGCAACUUGGAAUUAAAGGAAGCUGUGGAUGUAAACUGUACGCCCAGCCAGACGUGAGUGUCUGCAACAUAAAACUUUACUUCUAGUAACUUAAGAUUCAGCUGAAUCCAUCCUGGUUAUGGGACACUUUAAUAUGGUGGAAAAAGAACAUCUGAGCAUAGGAGCUGUUCACUUCAUGGAAGAAAGCAAGAAAAGGCACUUAAUACACUAUACAUAUGUCUGUAUUACAAGCAUUUACUAUAGACAUAUAUAUCACAUAUCAGUUUAUUUCUGGAUCUUAUUUUU